AUGCGCGAGCUGCUCGGCGUGCCCCGCUCUGGCCGCGCGGCACCGGAGGCCCCCGUCGGGGCAGCGCCCUCUUUCCGCGCCCGCGCUGCUUGCGAGCGGCCGGCGGAGCCGUGCGACGCCUGGGGGGCCUUCGAGCUCGAACGGAUGGGCGGCGCGCUCGGGGGCACCGUCGCGGCGCUGCUGCUCGUGAAGCUGGCCUGCCACGGAGCGGGGCUGGCCGAGGACGUGGCGUUAUCGGCUCCUGAAUGCGUCGGCACCACGUCGGCCGGCGUCACGCCCAUCGAGAAGUACGACGACAGUGACAGCGAUGACGUGGGCUGGGUGCGACGCAGUGGCAGGUGGAAUGACGUGCCCUACGAUGUGGAUCCAGCUGGGGUGCAUCGGUUGCGGCAAGAACCAACGGCGGCAGAAGAACACGUGCACCUUCGAGAUGCAGACCUGCUCGCUGACCAUCGCUGCCGCACUGUGGCGGCCAAGCUCGAGACGUCCAUGGAUCGGGCCGCGGCGGCUGACGCUGGGGCGUUGCCCGCGAUGCGCAGCGGAGCUCGCGGCGCGAUCACCUGGGCGGCGUCGCCCACUCGUGGGCGCGAGGGCGACUUCGGCAGAGGCUGGCUCAUGACAGGGGCUCGCGGAGCGUUCUGGCGCAUCGAGGUCAUCAACAAUGAGGGGAUGAAGGUCGAUGACCAUGACGAUCGCUGUCGGGCCGUCGCACAACUGGAGUCGACGCAGCGGGGUGUGCCCGAGCAUUUCCAACGCAGGCAGUUCGUACGCCUGGUGCUGCUCUCAGGUCAGUGCGACGAUACCAACUUGCAGGCUUGCGAGGCGAUAGUCCGCCACAGGCAGAUGAUUGAGUACUCGUACGCGGAGAUGGUUGAGGGGGCAUGGAGCGCCCCUUCCGCGGCUCCCACUCGGCGGCCGAUCGGGGGGCGCCUCUGCACGGUCAAUUCGUACGAUCUGCCCUUGGUCACGAUGAGCCCUCUCGACGCGUUGCUCGCAAUCCCCUACCUCAUCCACUUCCGCCGGUCGCUUCCGAUCGCGCUGCCAGUGGUGGAUUUUUGUCUCGUGGGUGCCGUCAGCGGGUUCAACAGCGUCGUGCUCGUGACCUCGAUGAUCGGCCUCGUCACCUCGGAAGCUCUGCGGAGGCUUCGAGCGCCCGGCUUCUACGGUUCCGAGGAGGACGCGAAGCUGGGGAACUACAAUCCCGUUCUGCUCUCGCUGCUGUCCGCGGGUAGCCAUUCGGUUACUCUCGCGGACUUGCGGGGCGCAGGCGGGCGCAGGCGCGUCGCGGAGUUCGUUCGCGAUAGUGCGCUACAUGCAGCGGCUCUGCUCUCACCGCUGCUGUGGCGCAACCUCAAGUCCUCCUGGGGGCCGACGCUGUACGCCGUGGACGCGUCUCCGACCGGUCUGGGGGUCUGCCCGUCGGCCAUCUCCGCCGAGGAAGCUCGAGGCCUGAGGCGCUGCGAGCCCUGGCGUUUCUCUCGGGGCGCCCGUCUCCCUCCGGGUCUGCAGGCUGCCGCCGCUGCCGCCGUAUCCGACGACCCCGAGGUGCAGCGGCUGUCCGGGGCGCACGACAAUGGGCCCAGAGGUCUCUGGGACAUCGACGGGGGCCCGCCUCACGCAGGUAGUACCGCUGACGUUCUGGGCUCUGGACUCGGUGACGCUCGUGAGAAUGUUUUUCGCGAAGUACCCCCGAAGCUGUUGAAACGGGACUGGAUGAUCGCGGGCCGCUACAGGUGGAAGGUUGAGGAGCCGAUGCCGAUGCUCGAAGGGCGGGCCAUCCUGCACGCCCUCCGACAUGCCUUGAGGAGUGCUCAGAACUUCGGGCGGCGGAUCGCCGUCUUGGGGGACGCCCCUGCGGCCACCUGUGUUGCAUCGAAGGGCCGUUCGGAUUCCGGGGCGAUGCUGAGGGUCACUCAGUCGGUCGCCGCUCUCUGUCUGGCCACUGGGUGCGCGCUGCACUGCCGGUGGCUUCCCUCGGAGUGGAACGUGGCCGAUGGCCCCUCGAGGGGGCUUGCCGCUCGGUGCCGCAGCCGCUGUCUCUCUCGAAGCCCCACGACGUGGAGUGGCGUCGUUCGGCUGGGCGGGCCCCAUCCGCCCCGCGGCAUGGCGCCGCUGCUGGUGGCGAUGCUGCUGCGGGCGACGCCCACGACCAGCUCCCCCUCGAGUGGGCCGGGUUCGAGGCCAGUGGCGAUGGGCAGCCAGACCCGCGCGCCGCCUGCUGGGAGCCCGUCUUCGUCAACGGGGUUUCCUUCGCGGGCUGCUCCCAGCGCCGGGCCUUCGGAGGCCACCCGCAAGGCGCCGCGCGCUCCGGCGCGGGCCCCCCCGCGGGGCGCCAGGCAGGCCCGGGCGAAGGAGGCGGCGAGGCGGCGAGCCGCGGCGACUGCGGCCGACGGGAUGACGGUCUGUCAGACGCACUCGGUCCGCCCCGCUACGUUGCGGCUGCACCAAGACGAUUUUGCUUUUUUCAAGCGCUGGCUGAAGCGGCAGGGCCACCCCAUGCCGGAGGGCGAGGCCGACACCGACCUGGUGCUGGCGCAGUUCUUGGACGAGAUGUACCUCGACGGGGUGCAUCUCAGCCUGGGGCAGCGCGCGGCGCUGUUCCACCAGUCCUCUCUGAGCAAGGCGGGGGCGCGCGGGUGCCGCAGAGCCGCCGCGCGCCGCUCAAGGGCUGGCAGCGUUUGGCGCCUGCGGGUUCCAGGAGGGGCUCGUGACGCGGCUGACGUUGAGAUGUACUACCGCCCGAACGAGCCGCUCACCCUCCGCGCGAUGGACCUGGCGCCCCCCGUGGCAGGGGCGUGGGCGGGCGGGAGCUGGUCGCUGACGCUGCGUGCCCGCGAGCACGGGGUCGCCUCCAAGACCGAGGCUGGACCUCGAGCGGCAGGCGGGCCUCGCGGCCUCGGGCCGGCCCUUGCCGCCCUGGUGGAGGCGCGCUUCGGUGCCCAGUGGCGGCUGCCGGUGCUGAAGCGGCCUGCGGGCGCUGCCUCGGAUCCGCUUCUGUUCGCGAUCAGCAGCAAGCAGGCGGGUCAGGCCUUCGAGAGGGCCGCGCAGGCGCUGGGGCUCCGACGCGGCGACCGGCGCCAGGGCGCGCGGCUCGGCGAGGUGCUCGAACGUCUGACGCCCCCUCUGCAUGCCCACGCGCUGCGCUGCGUCGACUUGCUCGCCGCGGUCGCGGCCAGGUGCUGUGGUGGGGGCAUCUCGUUCUGCGAUGCUCAUGACCUGACGUUAGGCAAGAACCAGAAUUGUCUGAUGGGCUGGCUGUCGGGCGGGCUCAUCAUCGGGUUCCACGUUGCGCUACCGUGCCAGACCUACUCCCGCAUCCGCGAUCAUGGAAACGGUCCGCCGCCGCUGAGCUACAGCGCCGGGAUCAGCGCGUGCGAGAAAGGCGAACAGUGGCUGCAGGCGCUCUGGCUGCUCGGCAAAGCACGGGAAAUAAAAUUGGAGCCAAAUAUAAUCAGCUACAGUGCUGCCAUCAGCGCGUGCGAGAAGAGCGGGAAAUGGCAGCAGGCGCUGUCGUUGUUUGGAGAGCUGAGGGAAGCCAGGUUGGAUCCAGACGUCGUCAGCUUCGGAGCUGCAAUCAGCGCGUGCGAGAAAGGCGGACAAUGGCAGCGCGCGUUGGUUCUGCUCGGCGUCCUGCGGGAGACGCAGGUGGAUCUGGACACCAGGAGCCUCGAGCCUCUCGGGCAGGCGCUGGCGCUCCUCCGCGAGCUGAGGGGCCUUCGGCUGGAGCCGAGCGUCGUCAGCUGCAACGCCGCGAUCAGCGCGUGCGAGAAGUGCGGGCAGUGGCAGCGCGCGCUGGUCCUCCUCGGCGAGGCGGAGGAAACGAGCGCGGAGCCGGACGUCCUCAGCUACAACGCUGCGAUCAGCGCGUGCGAUAAGGGCGGGAAGUGGCAGUUUGCUUGGCUGUUGAUCAACGCCUUGCGGGGCAAUACAUUGAAGCCAGACUGCAUAAGUUACAGCGCUGCGAUUAGCGCGUGCGAGUAA